GAGGCACGGGCCACACAGCGCCACGUCCCAGACUCGGAACACAUUUAGACUUUUGUUGUCUUCUGCUCCUCUCCACUUGGUUUCUCUUACUCGGGCUCCGUUAAAAGGGGCCACAAUUGUGUGCCUGCAGAAGAAGCCCAUGGCGAAUUGUGGAUGAUUGCGGUGGAGCCUUCACUAUGGGUGUUAUCGGCGGUGGAGUCUUCCAGGCCAUUAAGGGCUUCCGCAAUGCCCCUGUCGGAAUGCGGCACCGAUUGAGAGGCAGUGUCAAUGCUGUAAGGAUCAGAGCCCCUCAGAUUGGAGGUAGCUUCGCUGUGUGGGGGGGCCUAUUUUCCACCAUCGACUGCGGUCUGGUGCGGCUUCGGGGCAAGGAAGAUCCUUGGAAUUCCAUCACCAGUGGAGCACUGACCGGGGCUGUGCUGGCUGCCCGCAGUGGCCCAUUGGCCAUGGUGGGCUCGGCAAUGAUGGGGGGCAUCCUGUUGGCCCUCAUUGAGGGUGUUGGCAUCCUUCUCACUCGCUAUACUGCCCAGCAGUUCCGCAACGCGCCCCCAUUCCUGGAGGACCCUGGCCAGCUGCCCUCUAAGGAGGGUACCCCAGGCCCAGGCUACCCCAGCUAUCAGCAGUACCACUGAGGAAGUGACCACCUGUCACCGCCACCGUGGGAGCUCCUCCUCGGUCCCCUCCCCGAUGAUCUACCUCGAAGGGAGGGCUGGCUCCCAGUUGGCCCAUGGGACCCUCGAGAGGGCCUCUAUCUGUUCCUUUAUCCCAGGUUGGGGGUGGGGCACCCCAGCUGCCCUGAUGGAUGGGUCCCUUUUCUCUCAGGGCACCCCAACCCCCAUUCACAUGCUCUCACCCCAAUCCCUUUGCAUGGCACUCUGAUGAGUAUUUAAAGCCAGUUUUGAAAAUGCCUGUGUAUGUACUCCUUGAGCCACCCAUAGGAGCCGCUCCCUGGGACAGGGUAGAGCCCUCUUCAGGGAUGUGGGAACCAUCGCAUUUGGAGUCACACAGAGAGUCGUCUCUAAUAAAGGUUUGUGGAUGAGUGAGUAGGA